GAUUAACAGAGCUCACAAGCAUGGAUGUUAUCUUCAAGGAAGGGAAGCUGUACCUUCAAGGGGUCAAGUUUGGAAAGAAAACAUGGCGGAAAAUAUGGAUGGUGCUUUUGAAGCCCAGCUCCAUGGGCGUCGGGCGGUUGGAGAUCUCUAGUCUACUUGACAACAAUGCUGCUACUGACCAGAAGAAAGUCUCUUGGCCGAAAACGCCUGAAAGAAAAGUUGUGCGUCUGAGUGACUGCCUCAGUGUCGUCCCUGCUCCAAAGCAGUCUUGCCCCUCUGGGUGCACCGCCUUCUACCUAAACACCACUCAAUGCACCUUCACUCUGGCCUCCACAACAACCCAGGACUGGCUGAGUGCCCUCUGCCUUCUAGCCUUCCAGAAGGAUCCUGGGGAAUCAGACAAAGGGGCUUUCGAGAGAGGAAAUGACUUGACCAUGGCGGAUAAUGACCUUUACUCAUCUUGGAAAACUGAUCUGACCCUUCCUCCAAACCAGUACCAAGUGACAGUCCAGAGCACAGAGGCAUCCAGGAGGUGCAAGUUGUCCGGGGAGUAUCUGGUCUCCACAGAAAAAGACGCUGUGACUCUGCUGGCCAUCAAUACUGGUCACAUAUUCUAUCGCUGGCCGUACAGGCUCUUACGCAAAUACGGACAGGUUGAGGGUGGAUUUAGCAUUGAAGCCGGCCGGCGCUGUGAGUCAGGAGAGGGAGUGUUCAUCUUCCUGUCCAGGCACGGUCCCCAGAUCUUCCAGAAUAUAUCAAGGCAGUGCUCUGUGGAGAGGAUGUCCCCUUCUCAGCCAACCAGUGUCCACAGGAGAUCCUUUUGUGACUCUAAUCUCCCAACCACAACCAGCUGGCCCUCUGGUCACCAUGUCUACAGUCCUGCAGAUGUUUCUGCAGACACAGAGGAUGAGUCUGCCGACCACUACUCUACUAUAAAUGACACCCCCGUGCUAAAUGUAAAGCGGCUAUCUCUUGUCCAAACUCAUCUCUCUAACAGCAGGGAGGCUGUGGGAGAUGAAGAUGAGGAUGAGGCUGAUAGAUGUCAUUCCCUGGAGGCUGUAAACCUGGAUACUGUCAUGGAGGACAGCAUUUAUUACAACCUAAGGAGAGCCACACCUCCUAUAAUCAGACCUGAUGAGUUCAAACCUGCAGGGUUCUCAGAGUGCAUCUAUUCAGAUUUGAAAAUAGUUGAUUUUCCCCUAAAUCCCCAGCUGCAGCCCCUCUCGUCACCCCUACCUGAGUUUGUUCCCCAUCUUCGCCCCUCCACCCCGCCCAAGUCUGCUCCCAGCACCCCACCCAGGCCCCGAUACCAGCGCCAGCCCCCUGCGAAUAACUACAACCCGCCAGGGUACAAUACACAGGCACAGGCGGUGGAUGACAUGAAGGAGAUGGAGGAGGCCAUCAGCUCCUCUACCCAUGUUGGCCCCACAGAGGCCCCUGGCAGUUUUAAACACAGGCUGGCAGAAAUCAUUUCUAAGGACCUGGCAAAGUUCCAGCCACCUCUUCCCUCUGGAGUGGGCAGCCCCACAUUUUCUCAGUAGCCUAUUAGCUAACAGACAGACUAGGAGGAGCAGUUUUUAACCAUGAUAGACUGUCAUAAAGCAUAAUUAGUUUCUUUAUAUCUUUGAAAUCCCUUUAGCUGGAAACAUUUGGCAUCAGAUUUUGGCUUGUAGAUGUUUGUAUAUUUAUCUGUAACCUGAGAAAAGCAUCUGGAAUGCAUUUUAUUCUGUGGAUUAUCUUUGCAAUAACUAGAUUUGAGUAGUGUUGUUCUUUACUGCUGGAAUUUUAAAGAAGCUACAGUAUAUGUGCCGCAGUAUCUUUAAUGUGACAUAGCCGUGAGCUGAUAAGCUGAGGGAACACUUGUGGACUGUUUCAUUAUGGAAAUAGCUUUGGAAAAAAAAUGUUUCCUUGUUACCUCGGCAGUUACCGUAAUAUAUAUGGUAAUAUUUGAAUAUGCUCAAAAUACCCCCAUUAAAAAAAGGCAACCACUCUCUGCUGUCCGGAGUAAUCAUUAGCAAAUGUAAUUGUAAUCAUAAAUAAACUUAACAAAUUGCCAUUAUUACUACUACCGGUCCUAGUAUUACAGUGUGCUGCAGCUCUGCAUGUGAUUUAUGCCUGUGGUGUUGCUGCUCUCCAGCAGAAGCUGCUGUGGAAAGAUACAAUCAGUGUCAAAGACUGUGCUGUCUCUGUUUCGUCACUUUCAAAUGUAUUAAAAGAUGAAAAACUGGAGCGUAA